AUGACUUCGGCUCUGACGCCCACCACAGCCCUCUACAUCGGGAUGGAGGCGGUGAUCGCCGUGUCCUCGGUCAUCGGGAACGUGAUGGUGGUGUGGGCCGUGCGCAUUAACAGGUCUCUGAGGGACACCACGUUUUGUUUCAUCGUCUCCCUGGCCUUGGCUGACAUUGCGGUGGGCGCGCUGGUCAUCCCCCUCGCCAUCACAAUCAGCAUCGGACUGAAGACGCACUUCUACAGCUGCCUGCUGGUCGCCUGCACGGUGCUCGUCCUCACGCAAAGUUCCAUCCUGGCGCUGCUGGCCAUCGCCAUCGACCGCUACCUGAGAGUGAAAAUACCCAUGAGCUACAAGCAGGUCGUGACCCCUCGGCGAGCAGGCACGGCCGUGUUGUUGUGUUGGCUGGUUUCCCUCAUAGUGGGCCUCAUCCCUAUGUUCGGCUGGAAUAACCUGCAGCGUCUCCGUGACAACGGCUCCCUGAUCAAUGAUGAACUGUUGGUGACCUGCGAGUUCGAGACGGUCAUCAGCAUGGACUACAUGGUCUAUUUCAACUUCUUCGGCUGGGUGCUGCCCCCUCUGCUGCUCAUGCUGGCCAUCUACGUAGAGAUUUUCUACAUGAUCCACAAGCAGCUCAACAAGAAGGUGAGCGCAAGCCACACAGACCCGAGACGUUACUUUGGCAAGGAGCUGAAGCUGGCCAAGUCUCUCGCCCUUGUUCUUUUCCUCUUCGCAGUCAGCUGGCUUCCCCUCCACAUCCUCAACUGCGUCACCCUCUUCUGUCAGACCCGCGUCGAGCCAAAGGAUCUCAUUUACAUCGCCAUCAUCCUCAGCCACGGCAACUCAGCCGUCAACCCCAUCAUUUAUGCUUUCCGCAUCAAGAAAUUCCGCACAGCGUUCCGGAAAAUCUGGAAACAGUACUUCCUUUGUCAGGAUCCGGUCGGCCGGCUUCCUCAAAGAGGGAGCCAGAGAGGACAGAGUCAUGACAGGAGGCUGAGGCAGAUUGAUGAUGACGAUGAUGAUGUGUGAUCUUCGCCAACUAAUUGUGUUGCUGUGUAACUGUGAAUUUUCACUCAAAUGGUCACAGAAUGGAAAGCACUCUGACUUUAUGCUCAAACUUGAGGGAAUAGCAGUAAAAAAAAAGCGCAUUGAGGGAUGUCAGAAAGAUUAAAAAGACGGGGGAGGAUUUCCUCCAUCCAUGCUUCAAGAGGACAGGGA